UUUUUUAAAAAACAUGUCAAAAUAUACAGUCAAUCAUUUUUGUGUAAUACAUCCUAUUUAACCUACAAUCAAAUCAUCAAUAAGUUAAACAGUGGCGAUGYUAUUGAAAUUCAAMGAAUYGGUUAUAAACACUAUGUAUUGUUUGAAAUGACGGACAAAUCGGGUAACUGUUGGUGUUAUCAYGUUUCGGAAUUAAACGGUAUUUAUMGGAUACUGUAUCAGCCAUURGAUGAAAUACUGGCCGAUAACGGAACACCRGAGCCAUCAUUGUGUCGGAUCAACAAUCAGGAGACAAUUGCMGCUAUUGUUACGAAAUUUAUGAAAAUUUCCGGAAUAGAUAUUCCAAACAUUAACAACAUUUUCAAUCAAUUAAGUCAUAGGAAAGACGAAAUUGUUGCUUAUAAUACAUUAACAAGCAAUUGUGAACAUUAUGUUUAUCAAUGGAAAUAUGGUAUCGGUUGGUCAAAACAGGGAACUAUAGGUUUGGCCGGCAUAUUAACUGCCGGUUCAAUUGUUACAAGUGUUGCCUAUAAGUUAGGGAUACAUAAGUUUGUGGCCAAAGUUAUACUGAAAAAACUGGCUAAAGAAACGGCUUCAUUGAAUCCKGAAAUUGUUAUAACAUAUCUGGUUAUUGAAGGCAUCAGUUUUACAAUUUUAUUUUAUCAACGAUAUAGACAACGAUAUUUAAGACAAUAAUUUUAAUUAAAUAUCAAUUGGCGCUAAACUUUGAUAGUAAUGGC